AUGAGGAUGACAAAUGGCGAUGUUCUCACUGCCUUACGGGGGGAGGGGGAACACAAACGGUGUGUGAGAUUCCAAAAGGGGGUUGACUCCCUCGUUGGGGUCCUCCUCAAACAUUUGGUCCCCAAUUUGUAUUACUCCUUCGACAAAAUUAAAGAGAACGAUGGCAUAAAAAGGGAUGACGGUGGAAGCUCAAAAAUGAAUAGCAGAAGAAAGUUGGGCAAGUCCAAGAAGAACAUAGAAAAGUGCAUUGACUUGUGUCUGGUAGUUUUGAAAACGUUACAGGGGGAUCCACAUUUCUUUGCUCAGUAUGUGCUGGAGAACUACUCUUCAAUUAGGGUACGUCAUAAUGAUAAAGGGAGGGAGGGGAAGAAGAAAAAAAAUAACAAGUUCGAUGACGCCCUUUUGAUGUACCACUCGUAUAGCAAUUCGCAGCCGUCGAGAUGGAAAAAUAAACCAAGUGGUGAGACUAACGCAGUAUGCCUGAAUGCAGGGGGGGCGAAAAACCACAGCUUCCUCAUAGGAGAUAGGGAAGUCAACUCUUAUGUGAACAAAAUUGUAACGAUAGACUCGUACAUAGACAAACAUAGGAUGUACUCCAAGGGGGACUUCAUCUGCGAACUGGAUAAUUUUUUAAAUGCCUUUUAUUUGAAGAAGGGACCCUCAAAUGGGGGGCAUGCCAGGUUUGGCGCGACCCAAAGGGGAGAAAAAAACGGGGAAGUAAAAGCGGACGCCAAAGCGGAAGAAAAAAACCUAAUCGAUGACGACUGCGUGACGAAUAACUUAUUCUCGGAGUACUUUAACAGCUGCAGAAGGAGCAACAAACUGGUGAACACGCUAAUAAAAGAGGUGAAUUUGCAGAGUUUACAAAAUUUCCAUCGCGUUUUGUGCAAAAAUAUUAACUUUAUCAGAAUGUUUAACGCGCGAAAUGAUACCAACCAAGAAAUGGAUGCCCUGCAGCUGUCUACCCUUUUUGAGCUUUGA